AUCGAAUCAACACCAGCAAUUUUGCAAAAGAGAGUCAUCUCCUGUCACAGCAACGAUAAUCGCGUCAGCCUUGCCAGCCUGCCUGUCAAACCCAUCUUUGAUCUAUCGUCCUUUGUUCGACCAGGUCAAAGGAUCACUUAUCAACUGCCAUCCACCACGGUACUCUGCUUCCUGGCAAUCAAAAGACAUCUUUUGUUCCCUUGAAGCACCAUCGAUAUGGCAUCCAUGGCAUCUGCUGCUCGCGAUAUUCAGGCGACCUCUGGCCGAGACAACUUAACUGAUGUAGCGGCCCAGAGUGUUUCUGUGACACGAUCUGACCCUUUACCUCUCCCCACCCCUCCCAACUCCGUAUCCCCCGGCCUGCACCCACAUGGCCUGCGAGCUCAGCUGCUCAAGGCCAAGUUUGAACCCGGCGUUCCGCACCUUGACCUACACGACACCGAUAACCAUCCCCAGUCCGCCAAUGGCGCGCAUGCCUGCCUCGAUUCUCCACCUGACGACCCUGCCGGCGCUCUGACGCCAGCCAUGCUGGCGAAAUACCACCUCCCAGAGAUCCUGUUGAACCAUGGUCCACUCGCCAUUCGGCACAUCACGGGUUACCUGACCACCUCCGUCCCGGGCUUUGCUGGUGUGGCGCCGGCCAAGGCUCGGAGACUCGUGGUCGGCGCCUUGGAGGGUCGAGGCAGCGGCGGUGAGGGUGGGGGUCUGCACGGUGACGUGGUUUUUGAAAAGGUCGGCUGGGGCCGGUGGGAUGCGCGCCGCAGAGGUCAGCCAGCACGCGACUCCACGGCCCACAUGGCCCACGAUCCAUCUUCGCCGUACCUUUCGGGCAUCCCCAUCGUGGGAGGGGCGACCUGGAGCAACGAGCGGACGCGUAUAGGCGGGUCUCUAUCGAGCGCGCGGGACUCACCAGUCUUCUCCCACGACGAUCGUGCGUUCCACAUGGACGAGGACCACGCUGACAACAUGUCACUGGACGGCUCUGCCUCCGUGUCCUGCUCCGAGGCUCCAGACGACGACGACGAUAUCCCGAUGGACGACCCGGAGGACGUCACUGACGAAGAGGACUGGGCCGCUAUCGGAGCCGCUGGCUUGCGUGCCGCCUCCUAUUCCCACUCGGCCGGUCGUCCAGGCACCUUUCCACCCCGUUUCACCUCUUCCGGCAUGGUCAAGGCUCCUCGCGCGAACAAUUUGCAAUAUGCAGCACUCGCUGUCAAACCUGAUGCGCAGGAGCGGGAUGCUAUUGAAGCUCUCCUGAGUCUCGGCUCUGUAUAAAAAGAAAAAACAACAUUAAAUUAAUCACUGCAUGGCGACGGCGUUAACAUAUAAUUUCGGUAUUUUUUUUUUUCGGCUGGAGGUCGGCUUUUUAUUCUCGUCUUUCUCAUCAGGGUGGGGCUGCCCUGGAUGCCACUAUAUUAUACCUCGAUCGAGGCGGCGACCUCUGGAACACCAACUCAACUUUAUGGCGUCCUGGCCCCAUGGGGGAAUACACGAAUCACCAUCUUAUCGUGUUGAGAGUUUAUUUUCUUCUGGAAAUUGGAUCAACUUACCUUUUUUUAACGGUCUCGGUCUCCAUACGACAGACACCAUUUACCUGCGCGUUGGAGACCUAUAUGGGAAGGCCAAAGGGCUCGCUCACAACUUGCAGGCCCACCACACGUCAAUCUUGACUUUUCAACAGUUCCCUUUGUCAUCGUCCUGGAGACUUCAACAACUCAAUUUUUCUUUUUGUUGCGGACAAAGACCAUAUCUUAUUCGGUCUGUCACUAUCCUUUGCCAAGAUUCGCGUCGAUGCUUGACAACGACCCGUUUCGUGAUUGCAAGGUUGUGAGGGAAGAUGAUGGGCAAAGCGGCAUAUGAUGAGUCAGGCGAAUGCCCAAAUAAUGAAUGAACGAUGGUGUGAGGAGGAACCUACCAUAUGGCAUCAAAAUACGAUUGGACGUAUUGCCAUGCAAUUGAUAGAGGAGGAUGAAUAGGGAAGGGGAAAGAAUAAAGAUAAGUGGCAAGGGAGGGGGGGGGGGGGUUUCGGGUGGCCAUGGAGGAAUAGUAGUUUCAAGGUUUUGGGGAGUUUCGCUCGCUAGCCUGCAAAAGAAACUGUUGAUCUUUCGCCGCC